UGUUGGCAACGCAAGUAGCUACGCCAUUUUUCUCGACAAGCCGACUCUUCCAUAAUUUACCGGUUUUCAAAAAGUGGUUUGGAUGCUGUGUUUUAGUGCCCUUUUUUCCGAAAAGUAUCUUCAGUACGGCAGUAUUUACAUAUAACAGCUUGUAUAAACUAUGGCUGAUAAUGAAGAUUUGGGAUUAGGUCCAGAGGAUCAUUUAGAAUCUUUAGAUGAAACAAAUGGGAUGCACGACGACGCUCUUUUAAACGACACUGAUUUGGACGGUGCCGGGGGCGACGACCCCGAACUCGAAGCCAUCAAAGCUCGGGUCCGUGAGAUGGAAGAAGAAGCCGAAAAGUUGAAACAGCUCCAGAGUGAAGUUGAUAAACAAAUGAAUAUGGGUAGUCCUCCUGGACUAACUAGCCCUUUGAAUAUGUCACUUGAGGAGAAGAUGGAGGUAGAUAAUCGCAGUAUUUAUGUUGGCAAUGUCGACUAUGGCGCAACAGCUGAAGAACUGGAACAACACUUCCAUGGCUGUGGAUCAAUAAACCGGGUCACCAUCCUCUGUAAUAAAUAUGACGGACAUCCAAAGGGGUUUGCCUACAUUGAAUUUGGAGAUAGGGAUUCCGUGCAGACGGCGAUGGCAAUGGACGAGUCGUUAUUUAGAGGAAGACCAAUAAAAGUCAUGCCUAAAAGGACAAACAGACCGGGCCUUUCCACUACAAACCGGCCGCCAAGGGGCAGAGGGGCGUUCCGCGGGGCACGAGGAGUCGGACGGGGAUUUUACGCUGGCUAUAGGCCCAUGCGUAGACCCAGGAGUUACAGACGAGGUGGAUAUUUUUCACCAUACUGACGGGCCUGGUAAAUAUAAGGAACAUCAUUAUUACAUUUUUGUUUAAGUAACACCUCUCAUAAUUCUAUCACACUGAUAUUUUGGAUAAAGAAAAAAAAGUUAUAAAAGAAACAAGAAAAAAGUGAAGUUAAAAAACUGUAAAUUAAAAACAUUUUCCCCUCGUAAAAAUUAGAUUCUAGGCUAACAUGUAUGAAUUUGUGCGAGUGUUUGCGUGGGUGUGUGGAAAUUCAUUUUUCUUCAUAGUCAGAAGAAAGUAAAGAAAAAAAUAACUAUGAGUUUCUUUUGUUUAUUGAGUGAGAAAUUGAUAGUUGUAAUGGUAUUGACAAUAGUUUUGUUGCGGUCUGAACAAUUUUCGUUUUUUUUUUAUAAUCUUUAAUGUUGCAACAUUACAGGUACCUUCAGCCUGUUUUUUCAGGAGUUCCAUUUUUUUAAAAGUUAGAUUAGAAAAUAACAAAAAUGUAAAAAAAUUCAUGUACAUGUAAAGAUGAAUAAUAAAUUGGUGAAAUAUAACAAAAGA